CAACUCACAAGCCACAACCGGCACAGCCACUGUCCGCUCCGAACGUGGCAGGCCGCAUUCGUGUCGAUUCGAUUUUUAAAAAUAAACAUUUUCAUUCAAUUUCUGAACGAAAACGAUUUGGGGUUUUUUUUAAAAAACGUGUUCCGUGACGCGCGGGAUUUCGCGCCUAAACUAAAAGUGGUUGUGACGUAUUAAUUUUUUUUAAGUGUGUGCUUUUGUGAGGCUUUGGCUGCAAAUAUUUUGGAUCGUAAUAUAUAAUUAAACCUCUGGAAAGAUGGCGGCGAAGGAUUUCCGCUCAGAGCGAGUGAAGCAAAUGUUCAGCUGGACUACAGCGGAAACCUCGCCUUCGUCGCCGCUGGGCGACGAGAAGGAGUCCAAGAUGUGCCAGAUACAGUUCUCCAUGCCCAUCGACAAAAACAGCACUGUAUGGCAAAAAAGACAGCAAGCGGUAUGCGUCCAGCACGCGUUCAAACACUACGGCUCCAACAAGCGGCCCAACCACGUGCUCAGCAACCUCAACAUGUCCGUCAAGAAGGGCACCAUAUAUGGACUCUUGGGUGCGUCAGGUUGUGGCAAAACCACCCUCCUGUCGUGCAUAGUGGGGAGACGGAAACUGAACAGCGGCGAGAUAUGGGUGCUGGGCGGCAAGCCGGGGACCAAAGGGUCGGGCGUGCCCGGCAAGCGCGUGGGCUACAUGCCGCAGGAGAUCGCGCUGUACGGCGAGUUCACCAUCAGGGAGACCAUGAUGUACUUCGGCUGGAUCUUCGGCAUGGAGACCAGGGAGAUCGCCGAGCGCCUGCGCUUCCUGCUGGAGUUCCUCGACCUGCCCAGCGAGAACCGGAUGGUGAAGAAUUUGAGUGGCGGCCAGCAACGCCGAGUAUCGUUCGCCGUGGCCCUGAUGCACGACCCCGAGCUGCUGAUCCUGGACGAGCCCACCGUGGGCGUGGACCCACUGCUGCGACAGUCCAUCUGGACGCACCUCGUGCGCAUCACCAGCUCCGGAGACAAGACUGUCAUCAUCACCACACAUUACAUUGAGGAGGCCAGGCAGGCGCAUUGCAUUGGGCUGAUGAGGAGCGGGCGACUGCUGGCGGAGCACUCCCCACAGGCGCUGCUGACGAUGUACAGCUGCAUCUCCCUCGAGGAUGUGUUCCUCAAGCUCUCCAGGAGACAAGGACAAGCGAACCAAGUGGUGGAGCUGAACGUGAGCGGAGGCCUAGGGUUGAACAAGAUGUCGAAGCGCGAGGAAGCGCCCUACGCGGCGGAGGACGCGCAGGUAGUCGGCCUCAACUUCCACCAGAGCAAGGAGGUGCUGAUUGCUGACCACGCUGCUGGAUCCAAUGGAGACCUUCCCGGUAAAGUGUCGGAAGUCGUGAAAUCUGAAUGCGAGGAUUGCGGAGGAUGUCUCAAUUUUACAUCUCGAGGGAAGAUAAAAGCACUAAUUCAGAAGAAUUUCCUUCGUAUGUGGAGAAACAUUGGUGUGAUGCUGUUCAUCUUCGCGCUACCGGUCAUGCAGGUCAUCCUCUUCUGUCUCGCCAUCGGCAGAGAUCCCAGUGGACUAAGACUGGCCGUAGUAAACGACGACGUGCACGUACUAGACGGCUACUGCCCCUACAACGCCUCUUGCUCUAUGAAGAACCUCUCCUGUCGAUAUCUGGCGCAUCUGAAGAACCAGUCCAUCAUCAAGCAGUACUAUGCCGACCUGGACUCCGCUAUAAAUGCUGUUAGAGAAGGCGACGCGUGGGGCGCGAUAUACUUCAAUGAGAAUUAUACUGAUUCUCUUGUGGCAAGAUUGGCCCUAGCGGACACGGCUGACAACGAAACCAUAAUGUCUUCUGAAGUGCAAGUAUGGCUCGACAUGUCCAACCAGCAGAUAGGCCUCAUGCUCAACAGGGAUAUUCAGUUUUCAUACCGGGACUUUGCUAAGGACCUUUUAUCAACGUGCAAUUAUAACCCCAAAGUAGGAGACAUCCCCAUCGACUUCAAGGAUCCGAUCUACGGCGACAAUAAUCCGUCUUUUACUGACUUCGUCGCACCUGGUGUCAUUCUCACGAUCGUGUUCUUCUUGGCCGUGGCACUGACGUCAUCAGCGCUGAUCGUGGAGCGCAUGGAGGGCCUGCUGGACCGGUCGUGGGUGGCAGGCGUGUCGCCCGGGGAGAUCCUGUUCUCGCACGUGGUGACGCAGUUCGUGGUGAUGUGCGGCCAGACGGCGCUCGUGCUCAUCUUCAUGAUCCUGGUGUUUGGAGUCAAGAGCAACGGGAACAUCUUCUACGUCAUCAUGCUCACGCUGCUGCAAGGUCUCUGCGGAAUGUGCUUCGGAUUUGUCAUCUCAGCCGCUUGCGAAUUAGAACGAAACGCGAUACAACUCGCCCUCGGAUCAUUUUACCCCACCCUACUACUCAGUGGGGUAAUCUGGCCCAUCGAGGGUAUGCCCUGGGCUUUGAGGGGUAUAGCCUUAUGCCUACCCCUAACAUUAGCGACGUCCGCCUUACGAUCAGUACUAACGAGAGGAUGGCCACUUUCAGAUCCAGAUGUAUAUCUAGGUUUUGUGGCUACUUUGGCCUGGAUUGCGCUGUUUUUGGUCGUUACGUUAACUAUAUUGCGCUUUAAGCGAGGUUGAUUUUUUAUACUAGUUAGGCUCAACGCUUUAAGCUAUUGUCAAUGUGAAUAUACGCUUUAAGAAUAAAGUACCAAUCAUUCUUUCCCAACCCACUAUGAAUACCCCCAUUUUCCGUUUCCUUGUCAAGACUUAAAAUAUGUCCUUUUCUAAAUGUAUCGGAUGGAGGAUUGCAAAUAUAGACUAAAUGACCAUUAAAUAGACUAUCCUUUUCUUAUCCUUAACAAAAGAAAGAAACAGAUAUACUGAAUUUAGUUUGAGCAUAGAAGAAAAAUCAAUCUCAUCAAAUCUAUAUUUAUAUCAUAAGUUUAGAUAACGGACCUUUUCCGUGCAAACAAGAUAGCAAUACAUUUGUUAGCGUAUGAUAGAGACAAACAUAUUUGUAAUAAACAAAUUCUGCUCAAAAUGCUUUAGUAUAAGAAUGCCCCCCUUCUUUUCUUCACACAAAUAAAUAAAUACGACAAAUGCGAUAGUAAUCGGAUAUAUAUCGAUUGUCGAUUAUGUAAUUUUGUAUUGAUAUAGUAACUUAUAAACUAGAUAUGGUUUUAUAAGCAUGUCAAUGUUAAUUUGCUCAACCGCUCAACGAUUUUAUGUAAAACGUAUCUAUUAUAUUCGUAAUCGAUGUCAAUGUUGCCAGUAAUUCAUAAUAAAUUCUACCAUUUCAAUUUCAAAAUUUAUAAUUUUAAAUUUUUUUACUUGCAAAAUCCUAUUUUGAUAAUAUUUUAAUACAUAUUAUUGAAUAUAAUUUAGGUGUAUUUCCGUAAUUUAAAAAAAUAAAAACAACAGUUUUUUUAAUCUUGCCUAAAAAUUUGAAGAAAAUAAAAUAAAAGAUGGAGUCGAUUACGAAAUAGGAACGUAAAAAAAUUAAUGAUUCUAGUACUUAUAGCUAAAUGACUGUUAGUCGACGUGUAAAUAUUAGGUUAUAUUUAUAGUAGCAAGUACAUUAGUACUAAGGUUUAGGGCAUGUUAGCAAUUAUGAUUGGUCGAACGCUUUUUAUAGGGUCCUCCGGUAUAGGUAGUUAAUAAUAGCUUUCGAAUAUCAACCAAUAGGAGACGAUCUUAUAGAUCUUAGAUUGAUAUAUUUCCAAUUAGCGGGUAGACAUUGGACAAUUUCUAGCUACAAUUUCGCAGUCGGCAAUUUUUAGUAAAAAAAUAUUGGAUUUUUCAAAAUUAGAACUAUAGUUUUCAACAACAUUUAAAUUUUAAUUUUAGCUUUUAACUUUCUGAUAAAAUGAAAUAGCAGUAAAUUGAAAUAAAAUAAAUGAGUAUGGGCAUUCCUGGUUUCACGGAAAUAUGCGAAAAAACACUUUCUAAGUCUUUUAAUAGUAAUUAUUUUGCAUUAUUUACCCGUAUUAAGUCUCAAAGAGUCUCCUAUAAGUUGAAUGUUCGAAGUAUUACCUGAAUAAUGAGUUACCAUAGAGUAAGAUGGUGCCAUAGACGUAAUGGUGAAUUUGUUUUUCAAUUUUUUCCCAAAUCUACUGAAAGCUACUAGUUACCACCAUUUAUUUGAUUUGGCAACACCAAAACAUUUAUGGCAAUUUAGUGUGUAUUUAACGUAAUUUUUUCAAUUUUCUUCGUGGAGUCUUUGUUUAUUUUCUAAUACAAGUAUGUUAACGGAUAUAAAAUCAUGCAGUUAUUAACUAUGGUUUGGGAGUAAUCUAAACCAAUAUUUAUUAGGUUAUUUUAUAAUUAAUCAUUGAACAAAUAAAUGUAUUGGCAAGCAUAAAGUAAAAUGUGAAUCAUACCUAAGUACUUAAUUAUUUUUGCUACAAAAAGUUACAAAAUAACUUUGUAUUCAAAUCAAAAUGUGUCAAAAUGAAGAUUAUGCAUAUUUUUAUAAAAAAUAAUAAUAAAUAGAUAUUGAAUCCGGAAAUUUCAAAAAGAAGAUACUUGUUUUACUUACUAAUACAAAUUUCUAGGCUCACAGACUUUACUUUUCUAUGGUAUAAUAUGAUAUGAUUGUAUGAAUUUGCGCCAUCUUUAUGCGAAUUUGUUUAUAGUUGUAAUUUACUAGUGGAAUGGUUGUAUGAAGCAAUAUAUUAUAAAAAAUAGUGGAUAGUUAUGUAUGUAUAGCAUAAGUAUAGAAUAAAAUCUUUUAGAUUUAAGUAUGACGAAAAUAAUGACAUCGUAAAACUUCAAUUUUUUUACGUAGAAUCGUUUCAUUUUGUAUUUUUUCUAAUUUUUGGUAUUUUUUGACAUUUUUAUUUAUUUCUUUUUUUUUAACUAAAGCUGAAUUUCCACGCUAUGCUUGACAAACGAAUUUUGAAUUUGUAAUUAGUGAUUAUGUGUAGAUCUAAUUUUAUAUUAUUUGUCACAAUUUUCCUACCAUUUUUCUUGCGGGCAACAUUAUUUUUGUACUAAGUAGUAAGCAUGAGUAAAGUGUAUAGAAUAGAAUAGAAGUGUCUGACUGUGAUUAUUUUUGCUAACAUCGACAUGUUUUUGUAAUGACAAUUAUACGAUAAUACUGUACCAAAUAA